AUGAACUUUGGUGAGAAUUUCAACGCCACCUGCGUUGUACAGGGAAAUCCGCUGCCAGAAGUUGCUUGGUUCAAAGGCGCCUACCAAAUAUCCACCGUCACGAGGGAUGAAAAUGUGCGGGUGGAAAUUGUCACGUGAGCAACAGAGACCCACACUUUAUGAAUUACCUUUCGUGUACUUUAUUUGAGUCAAAUUUUACUUCUAAUUCUGGUUUUCAGUGCAAAGCUUACAAACUGGACGAACUUCCAAAAUGUCACACGUCAUAAAACGCCAUUAAGUGUUACUUACGUGCACAGCGAUAGUGAACAUAAGGCGAGAGUAGGUAUUUAAAGUUACCGUAAGAUGUAAAAACCCCACUGUUAGAAUGUCAAAAUGAGGUGUAUGAAAACUUAAGGAGUAAUCACCCCCUCGGACACCCUAUGCGAUUUCCAAGGAUUUUUUCUUCUUCACUGGAACUGCCCAUGAAAAGUCAACGGCACACCACUAGGCUGUCGAUGCCCAGUUCAAAUGAUGAAGUCAAGUUGCAUUGACAAAAACGCUCACUUUUGAAUACUACCAACCUAGAACGACAGUUCGACUGUCGAAAACGGCAGUGUCCAUCGCGUACCCAACUGAUAGCGCUCCGUAAAGAUGACCUGCACUCGACUCUGGACGACUGGAAGCAAGCGUGGCGGACAAAAACCAAACGGCCGUCUGCGCGCGCACCUCACACGACCUGGUCUUCUCUGCGACUACCGGACUUUCAUAGGGGACGAAUCAGCUUCCCUCUCUGUGGAAGUGCCCAGGGAGCAAAUUCCGAAGGAUCCAUUGAGCCUGAAUCCUGAAUUCUGAGAAGAAUUGCUUUAGCCUGUCGGUUGGUAGUUUUGCAGACCACGACUGUUAGCACGACGUGGCAAAAUCAAAAGCGACUGCGCUGAUAUGCCGUGAGAGUGGACUAUCCGAUGUGGAGCACACCUCCUCUGUCCUCCUAAUCGCACCAGCUGGCCGUCCCAGUCGUCUCAGUUGCAGACGCGGCGUGAAGGCCUCCAUGCAAGACUGGAAACCGGCCAUGAACUUGCGCAGACCCCGCGCAGAACGAUAAACGCCCGUCGUGAGCCCGUCGGGGCCGCUUUGUGGUCCAACGCCUUUCGAGCGCAGCUGUUUGUGGGAUCAUAGUCGUGAACAUGGCGUAUUUAUGACUCAAUCGUCCCCGUAAUUCAGGACAGAAUCCAAAAUGUCUUCCAGUAGCUUAAUGUAAUCCUUAUAUAUAUCCACUUCGGAAUGGAGGGGGAAGAAAAUUGUCAAUUACCGCUACCAGGCAGGUUCGUCUACAGAAAAAAUUGAUGGGAAUUCGAGACGAGAGCUUACUGGAAGACGACGUAUCCUCAUAUACUCGGGAUCUCUGCGGUGAUCACCUACAGUUUUUCACACAAACGCAUCUGUAUGAGGAUCCUUGGCUGACUAAAUGACCGGAUUUCAUCUCCGCUGCACCGUCUUCAGCCAGUUAAACGGACCAUCUGGAUAUUAAUCUGUCAAUCCCUUGUCAGACGUAUUGACAACACAGAUAGGGCGUAUUGGAGAGCCAUUCUCGAUAUCGGAGAGGUCAUCGUCAGUCUAACCGUCGUGGAAGCCGAUGUCAGAGCAGGAUGAGCGUAAGACGGUGACUUGAUUGUGAAUUAGUUUGCAGUGGUAGAUGGUUUGUGCAACAUCUGACGAACUCUCUCCUGCCCCACCCACUUGGAACCCGUUGUAAGACAGGGUUGGGUCUACCGGUGAAGUGAUCGGGCGCAUUGAGUGGUGAGGGUGAACAAACGUCUACGCGUGCCGCACGUGUGCUUUUCCGCGUCCGAUGAACGGCGUUUUCGCUGACCCAAAGGGGCCACAUGAAUACAAUCCGGGUGGGAGGGUCAUGAAGAGCAACUUCACAGUCUAACCAUCCAUCCUCAAAGGACUUUGCUAUCCUGUUAGUUGACGCCUUCAGCGUUGGGAUACCUUAAAAACGCGUCAGAUUGUUUAUAAUGGGGUGCGUGCGGCUGGAGUCUAAAGAGUCGACCCAAUUCUCUCUACCAUUUCCAAUGCGGCAUUUCAUUGUCUAAAUCGGUCAGCUCUCUGAUUUUUGAGUUGGGUGCAAGUGGCUGGCGCGGCUCGAUCCUGCGCCGAGGCUUGCUCCCUCACCCCGUGUGUGACAUUUGUUAUGGGAUUCGCCAGCUUCGCAAAGCCCGUAUAACGCGUACUCUGUCCUGACCUGGCCCUCGAUGGCCCAGCGCAUCUCCCGAGUGGCCCGUUUUAGGGGCCACUGCCUAGGGUGUGGGCUCUUGCUGGCCGUCAACACGUACGAUGCAUAAAAAAAUUGGUCACACAGAUAAUUUCCCCUCUUCUGUAUCUAAUAUCAUUUGGAACAUGUAUAUACAGAGAAGAUGCGAUAGUUGCUCGUUCUUCAGGCUACGGAACAUUCGCAUGCCGUUUCACACGGGUUCUCUAUUUCCAGCGCUCGCAGGAAGUCCCACAGCGGUCUGUAGCGUUCCCAUUGUAACCUACAGUAAAAUUGGAACUUUUUCAAUCCCGGAACGCUUGAUUUAAAUCUCCCCGACCAAGAUGUUCAGCUAGGGUAUGGUUAGCUGACAACGACUGACAAGCUAGAAAUAAUCAUUUCAAUCUUCGAUGUCUUUGCGGGUUCUUCUUAGGCAUAAACACUGCGUAAUCGCGGUUGUUGCCUUCCGAGGGCAGCUGAGAUCCCGAAGUACUAAGACUAAUGGCAUUUGAUCAGAAACAAACUUCCAUUCAUCCAAUCUGGACCAAUAAUCCCGUCCUUUUCCUCUUUAGUGUUGACAAGACAACUCGGCAUGCUAUUCUGGAGAUCACUGGACUUUUGAUUCUGGACAACGGCGAUUAUUCUUGUCGGGCAAGUAAUACGCUUGGUACGGCUUCCUCUACCCUCCAGUUAAGAGGUAUGUACUCCUCUACUUUUAUUCUAAAAAAAUUGAACAGUCCUGUUCGUAACACUUCUAUAUCCAAGACUGAGAUCAUUGCCUAAAAUAACUGUCUAUAGAAAAUAAACCCAGAUCCGCAUUUCAAUAUAGUUAUAAACAGGAAGUAUCUCAGAAAAAUCUUUCUGGCUUGCUCUGACCCUAAAACCCGAGAACUGAGCCAUCUCGGGUUCUUGGGCGUAAGCGCAGAGAAAGACGACUGCUAAUCAAGUGAUCUAAAGCUAAAUUGACUAUACUGCGAUGAGGUACAGUAGGUGGGCUAACUCAUGAAAUGUCAACCGGAAUUCCGAAAUGCGUCUUCGUUUCGAAAGGAUUAAUUAAGGAGGGUUGCAAAACCAAUCAUCUUGCAGCACAAUUCUAUAAUAAUUAAGUUACCACAGAAUGCCGGCUUUCGAAAGAAUCUCCUCCCGGCCGCAUGCAAAAACUAUACUCCGUAAAAAAGGACUACUUAUUAGCAUACAUUUUUCUCCUUGACGUUCGAUGCCCAUAAAAAAUUCAAUUAAAUUUCCUGGAAGGCAUGCAUAAAAAUAUUCAUUCUUUUGCACAUUCGGUAAAAAAUGAUGCCCUCUUUCAAUUUCAUACUCUAAGAAAGUCUAUAAUUCGGUUUACAAAAAUUUUUCCAAUUCCCGAUAACUUUUGAACCCGAUCCGCCGUUACACUUGCAUUCGGUGUUUCCAAACUACAAGCCGUAUAUUUCCCGUGGACGGAAACGAUACAUUUCUCUGCGAUAUUAAGAGUGAACCAUAUGGGGUACAGAAAAUUUGGCAGUGGAUUUAAGUCAUAUUGUACGCUCUGCAAGCCACAAUGGCAAAUGCAGACACACGAUAUUUACUGAAUAGACAUUUCACAGUAUAAAAAAAUGUCAUGACUAGAAACUUUUCGAAAACCGAAUUAUAUGAUUUCUUAGAGUACAAAAUUUAAAGAAGACAUAGUUUUCCACCAAAUGAGCAAAAGAAUGAAUGUUUUUGUGCACACCUUCCAUGAAAAAUAAUUUAAUUUUUAAGGGCAUCGAAAGUUAACGAACAAAAUGUAUGCUAGUUAAGUAGUCAUUUUUUGCAGAGCAUGUUUUGUGCACGAGCCAGAAAGACGUUCAUUCGGAAGCCGGCGUCAUGAGGUAGCUAAAUUAUUAUAGAAUUAUGCCACACAAUGAUUAGUUUUAAAACCCCACUUAAGUAAUCUUUUCGAAUCAAAAAGGCAUUUCGUAAUUUAGGUUGGCAUUUCAUGAGCUAGCCAACCUACCGUAAUUGGUGAUGGCUCAGUGCUAAAAUUAUUAAAACCUACAUGUAAAUUGAGUAAACUGACAUGCUCUACCCCUUGCCAUUUCACAGAAGGCCUGGAACCCAAGCUUCUCCCUGGGUUUUGGCUACAGACCUAACCUAGUCCCCAUGUGAAUUCUUACUGAGAUCUUCAAAACAAAUGCUAGGUUUCGCUAGUCCUGCCCUAAUUGCACCACUGGUACAUAAUCUGCGAAGGGCGGUGACUCGGUUCUCAGGGCUUCACAGGUGGAUCAUUUCUUUUUUCAGAAGACUUUUUUCUACGUGCUGCGCAUGUUUGAAUUCGGCUGCCAAAGGCCUCUUGCAGUCAGUGGAUGAACGCAAUAGCAGUAGCCGAUGUUUAUCGCAGCAGGGCCAUUAGGGAACAACCAUCAAUUUAAUAAAUAUAUUUUAAGAAACUUGACAAAAGGUCUUAGAUGUUCUGUGUGCGUUUUUUUCAGUGUCAACAAGUGGAAUCAGCCAGAGUGAAAAGGACAACAUUAUGGGUAAGAGUUGCUGCCCUUUACAAUUGCUACUGACGUUGGGAAUGCAGGACCUCUGCCCGCCAAAUGAUUUGCUUUCAUAAUUUAUGCCAUACUUUAAAAUGACAAAAACCUCAGGAUCUUAGGAGGUACAGAGUGCUAUUUUUAAACUAGUGUUACUCAAUCCAUUUUUCUAGGGUUUAUGGGUUGCAUCUUAGCGGUGAAGGACGUGACUAUAUGGUACAGUUGCCACGUCUUCAAACAUUUUUCGCCUUUUUAGACGUGCGGGAGCUUAUUCCCUGUCCGGAGGUCGAAAACCACUGCAUGAACGGUGGGGAAUGCUUCGCGAACAAGAAAAAUCCGCUUGAGAAGACUUGUAGGUGAGUCUUUAGUUUGGCGAUAUCAUGACCUACAGUAAGGCGACUUUUCCCGAAGACGUGCUGCAAUCGUUGUUGUUCCGUAUUCAGUGAGCCCACGCGUUUAUUCCUUGAUGCUUUCCAUACAGUGGGGCGUUCUGGCAUCUUACAGUUCUUUUUCCCAAAUGAAAAAAUGGUGGUGCCUUGAAGGAAACCAGUUUUAGUAACAGCAAGGUGAAGGUAUAGUGUAUAACCCCCAGGGUGAUUGUUUAAAAAUCUCCUUCUCAUUUUAUGUAAAUAGGUAUGGUUCAUAAAAGUUAGCCUGAAAGGAUGUGAAGACAGGGGUUGUGAGAUACGCGGGUUUUGAAACUCAGUAGCGUCAUCGAUGUUGAAGUUGUUCAUAUCGAACACAAGGUUAGGGUAAGGGCUACGGUCAGGGUUGGGGUUAGUGUUAUAAGUGCGUUAUUCUUAGAGCUAGAGUUGUCAGGCUUAGUUUGGCGUUUAUGAUUUGGAUUUCAGGACUGGUUUGGGAUUGGGAUGAGGACGUUGACGUUAGAGUUAGGGUUUAAAUGCUUGAGUAAGGAUUACGGUUACGCUCGAGUUUAGCUUUAAGACUCCCGGGUAAGGGGUUGGAGGUACCCACUCCAGGCGAGGCCAUAGUUGGUGUUAAGGUUGUAGAUAACUACAGUAUUCUUAUGAAGCUUUCAUACCAUGUCCUUGCAGUAAAUUCGCAUUCAUGCACGCGACCUCUCCCUCUUCCCUAACAUUCAACCCCAAUAAGCGGAUGAUUCAGUCAAUCGGUUGCCCAGUCGCUUGUAAUCUGCUGUUUUUUCCCUUGUAAUGAACGACAUUAUAGGCCUGUUCGGUGGCUGUACUAUCGCUCAGGUGAACAGCCAUUUGGAUUUGUGGCUUCUGGCGCGUCUCACGAAGUUUCUCUCUCUAUGUGAAACAGAAUGUACUCCUGAUUGACAAAGACAUCAGUCACCGAAUCUACUUCGCUUUUGGGACAGCCUGCACAGUCUGCUGGCCCCCAAGUCCAGUCUCGUGGUUUGGUAGAGACUGCGCGAUUUUCAAGGCCACGCUGAUCGAUCGGCCGUGUGUGCGAGCGGACAGGCCAUGCAGUCGCCGAGCUAAUCGAUUUCUCGCACACACGGGCCAAUCAGGUUAGAGGGGAGCAGCCAAUGAAGAGGCGUCAUUGUCAUGCUGACAGCAUGCUAGGGGAGGCGCACGUGGCCUCCAGUGAUUGGUUGGCUCUCGUUUUUGGGAGUGUAGGACUCCCAACACAGGCCAAACAGUCGCCGAGCAGAUCGAACACUUACCAUUUCCAGGCAAAAAUCACUUCUGCACGGCACACACCGCUCUCCUGAACGCAGUCGAGAUGCAGACGAAACAUUUAUUACUGCCCUUGUGUGACCAAAUUAAGAGUCAGCCGCCAGACAGUGGUCAGCGCCAGCUGUCGGAGACGAGAAAAGUGCCCAGGUCUACGCUCACACAGCAGAAAGCCCAGUGCGAGGAGAAUAAAUAGUAGCCUGUGAACGCGGGGAAAUAUCCUAAAAAUGAAAUCGACAAGGAAAGUCCAUACGCUGUGCUAAGGUAGUCCGGAACUCAACGAAACAUUUUUACUGUCCGACGUUCACGUUAGAUUUAGGGUUUCAAUGCUUGAGUUAGGAUUACGGUUACGCUCGAGUUUAGCUUAAAGGUUCACGGGUCAAGGGUUGGGGGUACCCUCUCCAGGCGAGGCCAUAGUUAGUGUUAAGGUCGUAGCGAACUGCGGUUUUCUCAGGGAGCUUUCAUACCAUCUUCUUGCAGUAAAUUCGCAUGCAUGCACGCGAUCUCUCCCACCAAGCGCCAGAGCAGUCUCGCUCAUAAAGCGGGUGUGUACGACAGCAAUUGGCACACUAGCUUCCAAUACGCACGUUUCGCAGCCUAUGAGAGGCCGACUCGAGUUGGCGACCAGACAUCAACCAAUGGGAAAGCGCCAACUCGAGCGACUCCGCGACCCUCAAGUACGCGACCAUGAGAAGAUGUCAUGAGGAGCUGAUGUGCGUACGUACUGCGGCAAAGCUGCUCUCCCUGUCUUCUACCCUACUGCAGGAAAUAGCGCAAUUGUUCUUCCUUGUAACUGAAUGUGAUGUGUGCCCACGGACCAAGGUUGAUAACCGAUUGAGGGUUUUGGCCGAAUGUCUGGGUCAGGUGAACUUCAACUCAGGAGUUGCUUGAUUAUCUCGGUGGCAAAUGGGACAGUACAUGAUAUUCCAAAUGGCAAACGUCGAAAAGGACAGUGCCCAGGUUUGGUGAGCAGGACUUCCGAAAUCAGCAACUUUUUCCGAGGUUUGUAAAAAUGUUAGUCCUUAUGUCAUCCAUAAGGUUGGUGAAACAGGACCGCUCUAUCUAAGGACCUGAGAUUGGUCUCUGCUAUAAAAAUGCUUGGCGCCGUCGGGUUCGGUGUAAGCUCUGGAUGGCAUAAUCGCACAACGCUGCUCCUAAAUGUCCGGGAAAUACAAGCGCGGGUUGCUGGCAUAAGCCUCAAACCUCGAUGGUUAUAGAGGCCUAGAGUGGAUAGCCUGCACCUUCUACGAUACGAUAGCGGAAAUGUGCGGAUAACCUCUGGAAUGCUGACAAAUAACAAAUGAUUUGAGAUUCGGAACUACAACAGGAGUUGGAACAAUUUUUUUGAUUUUGCACAAUUUGUAACCAAUUUUGGCCUGGAGGGCUCGAAAAUACAUUUAGAUGAAAUUCAUUCUCGUCAGUAGUCUGCCGGCAUGGGAAUAACUGAAAUUCUGACUGUAUAGAAUUGUGGGUAUUUUGUGAACUGCUAUCUAGAAUCUCUAAAAAACAGUUGACAUUCAAAGCAACGGGUGAUGUAGUUAGAGCCAGCAGCAGUGUUCCACAAGACCUAUCCUUUGUUGGGGUGAGUGACGAAAAGCAAGCAGUAAAACAUAUCAGAUCUGCUUAUGUAGAUUUGUUUUUAAUAAUUGAGCUUGGUGGUGUUAGAUAUAACGCUUAAUAAAAAAAUAUGGAUUUAAAAUUGCGAAUGAUAGAUAGGUAGAUAAUUUUUUAUUAAAGACCCGUCGGGGUUCCAUCAAAACGGACGUUCCCAUUUCCCGAUGAACCUGGCGAUUGUGAAGACCGAGUCUGGAAAUGGACCGCGAUUAUGACGCGUCUGGGAGAACAUACGCGACUGAGAGGGAACCCUUUUGUACACUCGAAGGCUUUCUCGGCAGUAACUUUUAAUUCACGAGUACACUGCAUUGAUAUGGGUUUGACUCAAAUCACUGCCAAAGUCCGUCAUUUUCAUAUGGAUAAAUUAUUUCAUUCUGUAGAUGGUCGCUUUAUGUGCAAUUGUAGGUCUAAAUCACUCGUAUAAAAUGAAUAGCAAAUGUUUGCCAUGAGUAUUUUUUGAACAUUAGAUAAUUAGAUCAUCUCCGUAAUCCAGCUAAAACGUCUUGGUCCGCUUAGACGAAGUUCACUUUAUCAUUAUUCAUACCUGUCGUCUAGUGAACUUUAACAGAAAACGUCUACAAAGUAGUCAGGUUAAUUUCUGCGUGAUUCUGGAAGUUUUAAACAGCUACCUGGCUCUUAAAAAUAAACGUAGUACCCUAUGAAAGCGUUGGUGCUAUUUAUGACCAGGGUUUACGUUCCGGCUAAUCAUCGACCUUUAUCUAACUCUCAGUUCCCUUGGAUCAGUUUUCCUCCUGAAAUCGGAUGCAAUCUGGAAGACGAACUUGUAGCUGACACACUGGAACUCAUCUUCAUUAUAACACAAAUGAAGCACUGAAAGUAUCCCACGGCAAAUCUCACCGCUCAUGUCCGAUUGGGGGCUCAUCUUUCAGACAGUUGGUCCCAAAACUCAGGUCGGUAUGGCCCGAUACUUAAACCUCGCCUGGUUGAUCAUCAAUCGCCUUACUCAAGCUAUAUACCAUUUGAAACGCAGGCCAGUGUCUUUCCGACUGUGGACGAAACAACGUAGCUUUCAAAGGCACCCAUCGAACAGUCUUAGAUGUGGGACGAGGUACAGGAUGAUUCCAUCCUGACUCGGAGCCCCUGUCCAGAAUCUUUGUAGAUGGCCCGAAUGUAUUUGGUAAUCUAAAAGGGAUACCAAACACAGGUAUGGUCACGCCGUUUUAUAUACCGUCAGUAGCCGACUAUACUCUAACUCCAACUUCGAAAGGUUCGGCAUUUGAACCGAGAUCAGUUUAUCGUCCAGCUUGAUGACCAAGGACUUUGCCUCCCGAACCGUCGGCAAAUCCUUUGUCAUGUGCGCUCGAAUAUACCCUCUAAGUCCCAAGUGUAGGAAGGAUAUGGUUAGCGGACGACGAUACCCAAGUUAGAAAUCGACAAUUUAUCGCCCUUCCUAUUGCUAAGUCUGAUCAUGUUGAUGAGAACAAGACUUCCGGGACUCCACCGCUGUGUGACCUUUAUAACUUGCAAGCAUAGGCCACCGAGUCAUGUCUAGAAAACAAGCAGAACUUUCGUGGCCGGCGUUGAUUGGAACAAAAGCGGUUUUGCAUUUUUUGUGGUAAACCCAAAUUCGUGGUUUAUUUGGUUCCUGAUCGGUUAUGGUCAGAAUGCAAACAAUAUUACAUAGUUUUUCAUCGGGGCAGUCCUUCUCAUGUAACACAGUUGAUGAAAUAUUGGCGAUUAAGAUUCAUAAGGCAAUAAAGACUUAAAAAUGGCUUUCCGUUAUAACGUGCAAACUAAUCGAAGCCCACUGAUAACAGUGAUAGCACACUUGUACUAGGCGCUGAAUAAAUACAACAAUCAAGAAUACGAGAAGUUGUUGCUGUUGCAUCAUCAACUUUAUCCGUCUAAAGUGUUGACUGGCAGACGUUAAAAAAUCAGUUCCACCAACCAAAAUGUACCAUCAUUUUGAAGGUCUAAUCCACAGACUUGCAGAUUCAAUGCAACUAUGCUGACAAGUACUUAAUCGACUUAGUAUAAUAAGGACGACAAGCAAAUCAAUGUAACUGCAACAUGGGAUUUUUGAAUUUUGAAUAACAACCAAACAAGUACUAGCCCGUUGUAUCCUUUCCUCCUUUCAGCUGCCAGGACGGAUUUAUGGGCGACCAAUGCCAGUUUAGGACAAGUGGAAUUGCCGGUGAGCUGCUUAUAUAAUUCUGUUUAGAAAAACUUUCAUCUAUUAACAAAGAAUACUGAAAGAUGUAAUGACCUCUUAUUUUUACAUUGUACAUGUCUAAUCGUUGUAAGUAAUAAUACAGUGACUCUUAGCUGCUCUUAAAUACUUAGUUUACUAUUUACUAUGGUUUCCAUCUGUUUGUCUUUAUUUGUUUUAGUUUUGCUUGUAGUUGUUUAGGUCGAAACUCUAAAAGGUGUUAUGAAUAUCCGCCACUCUGUGCCCCUGGUGGGCACGUUGAGCCGAGUAAAGAUGCCAUCCUUUACGUCAGUUCUCAUUAGUUUCGGUGGUCGAGAGGGCUCAGUAGGAAUGGCAGACAAGGUUAUUACGUAGUUCUUGAGACUAGCUAGAUUACAAAAUUAUGCUUAAAACGAAACCUAUUUCUGCACUGGUAUGUCUGGGUCUCGAUGAUCGCUUUCUUUCUAUUGUCCUGAGUUUUCCAAAGGAGACAAUCCUCCCACCUUGGACGGAAGAUUUGUAUCGAGCCUUUGCUUUAGUUAAAGGUCCACCUUCAUGUCCGUUCCGAAACUAUUCACACCAUCUGUACGGAGAGCAUCUAUUGUCCGCGCUAGGGGUAUUGAGAUUCUAUUUAGAACGCAUUUAAAACCCACUACUUUUUCUGUGGGUCAGCAAUCCUGCAUAAUAUUUACAGAAGGCGAUGCAGAGAAUGUAUAUUGGCCUGAAUUUUUAAGGUUGACCUCCUACCCCCGAAUUGUAAUGGCCGAUUCAGCCGAACAAGACUGACUCCUGAGGACGCUAUUCAGCAAAUUGAAUAAGUACAGUGGUGACGGUAGUAGUAAAGAUGUCAUCCUACACCUAGCCAGGUGGUAAUUAAAACUCACUGUAUAGCCGAUUUUUGAAAUUGAGUCUGAUAAGUAAAUGUGUUCUCCCCGUGUUGUGUCGUUAAUGCUUUACUAGUUACUAGCCCGCCAUUGAUAAAUGACGUCAUGUGAGAACACUCCAUUAGAUGUCAGGGGAUCUAUUGAUUAUUCAAACUACUCGGAAAUCCAAGCACGAAACACUAUAGCAGAACGUUCAGAAGGCGCUAUAAACGCCCAUUUACACUUUUUGAUUUGCAAGGCGCUGGCCUAUUCUGACGAGUCAUGCGACUCUGUCCAGUUCAGAAGAAUGCCAUUGGUCACUUGCCGCCAUUUAACUUAGUGUUUGAUAUCCAGAAGGGACUCCAUCCAAAGACAACUGAAAGGAUCUACUGAACUAGUAGAGAUCAUGGUAAUGACUGUAAAUUAAAAUACCCCUUUUUUAAACUCUUUUCGAAAGUCCGACUGUCAACCAGUGGUUUGGAUGGCUAACGUGUGCUUUCAUUCCGUUGGUUCUGAUAUGAGAACACCGAUCGAGCUUCUUGAGUCUGGGACGCUCCUGUGAUGAGGCAACCGGCUUGCAGUUUAUAUGAUUGGCAAGUCGCAAAGGUGAGAUAAUGGGCGGCAAUAUUGAAUCCAUUAAAAAAACACUCAUUCCCUCAUACGAGACAACUUGGGUCCGGUGUGUCGGUGUUGAGUCCUGGAUGUUGUUACAGAUGUCUAAUGGCACAGAUUCUGUGCGUGCGUGUGAGCCCCUAAAACGGGCCACGGAUUGGAUGCGCGGGACCAACACAGGAGCAAGAUCGGAGUUCAGUGGGUAUAACUGGAAGUCCGCACUCAUCUGGCGGCACACCCAGAUUCAGACUCACGCCGCGUCGGUUGGAAUUAAAGUCUCCUCUAUUGCUCUUGUUGUGCAGAAUCUCAGUCAGUAGAGGUUUUAAAUUAGACGGGUGUGUUUGUACGCCUACGUGCGGGUAUUCGCCGUACCAGCCAGGGGGCGAGAGUGUGGCAGAUGUCGCGCAAGUCCGCUGUCAUCAUAAACGAAUUCACACGCAAGUCACCGUCCCUGCUCUCAAUCUGCUGUGGAACACACGGUGGACAUCGUCUACAAUGACAGUCAAACUGUUGUGUGUUAUUGGUUCUUGGCUACAGUUAUUACAUCAUCACCCGUGUGUGGUUUAUAGAAAAGCUCGUUUCCGCAUGAGACAACUCGGACCAUUUCUGUCAUAAGUUGUCAAUAAAUCGAUGAAAGAUAGAAACAAGCAAGUAGGAUCCUGCGGACGACGCAAAUGAUGGACACUUCUUGUCGGAAUGGUGGAGACUGUAAUGGUCUCUCUAGGCAACUAGAGGUUGAAUUUUAACAGUGUGCUGUAAUCAAAGACAGUUUUAGAAUACGGGCAAUUUUUCUUCAGUACCGCGGCGUUUGAGUUACAUAACUACAGCAGUUAACCUGUCUCGUGAAAUAUUGACCGAAAUUUUAAAAUGUAUUUUAAAUUAGAGAUGAUUACUUUGGUGGGAUUGUUGCAUUGAUUAUAGUGCAGCAUACUCCCACGAUGUUACAAUCGUGCCCAGGAUGCGGUUUUUUGAAUGCACUCCAUCCCAUCCACACGGCAAAAUUACACUCAACGUACAACUACUAUUUAAGUAGUAUAAAUUUUUAUUGGGACUCUAAUAUCUAUAUAAAUUUGAAUAUAACUCAAGAAAACCCGCAUAACACAUCGUUUCUUGCGUUGAUUUAGCAGCAAAUAAUGUCUUCAACUUUUAUGAUUGAAGAGGGGGUAGUUUCGUCUGUAUUUUGCAGUAAGUGGAUUUUUCAAACCGUCAAACAUCCAUCCACAAGGCAUCGUAUCCGUCCGUUUAGUAAUGAUGCCUCCGAGGCAUUUAGCCUGAUCCACAUCCACUGUGAAAUUUAUAUGCUCUACAUGUCAUCUUCGUAAUAGCUUGAGGUAAUGUAUAAUUACUUGCGCACAGAAAGUAUACGCCAUGUAGUUUGGAAAUCCAGGACGCAAAUAGAACUAUAGGCCACGUUUGGAACCAAAAAAGUUUUCAAAAACUAAAGGCACCCUUUCCUCAUGUCGACAAUAUGAAGAAGACGAAAUUUAUUUUAUCAAAUGACUACAGGAAAGUACACUUUGUGUUAUAGUCCUUUAAAAUAUGUUUAAAUUCGUAAGAACACCGAAAGCCGGCGAGGAUAGAGCAUAUGACCGGGGUUAGAAAGACGCAACCUCUGGUGCCUUUCGUAUGGGAAUUGCGGUAGUAGGAGUUAUACGGGUGUGGCCUCGUAGAAGUUUACUGGAGCUGCCGUUAAAGGAUACUACUCGAAGGGGGUCCCGUGUUCGGCUGAGCGGUAUAGGCCCACGUGGAUUACGUACAGUGCCGCCUUUGAUUUAAACUAAACGCCGCGGGGCUGAAGGAGACAUUGAAGACCUUUUCAUCCCACGUUGCGGACGUUAAGGAGUAGGUCGUGUCGUAAUGUUUUCCUUUGGGUAUCCGGACAUGACGACCAUGUGGACGGCAGAAAUAUGCGCAGAAAGACGCCUCUUGCAUUCCCUUAACUGCAGACAAAUCUUUUGCGAUUUUUGAAUAAGUACGUGUAGGAGGUAGAGUACACAGAGUCUAUAUAGACAUUUUUGCGAUUUGGUCCAAAGAAUGCCAUCCUGUCGUGCUAAGCCCCGUUGAAGAGCGUGACUGGAUUUCGACCAAAAACCCUACCGGACAACGCCUACACAGUCAAAGAUAGUAGGCAAAUCACGAUAGUAAUUCUUGCCCGGUCAUGCGCUUUAUCCUUACCGAAAAUUAAUGGGUAAAAUCAUAUUACUUAUGUAGUCAUUUUACUUCCAGUGGAGAUCUUGCAGACAAACCGGAAGAAGUGCAUUCAAGAGCCCGUAUCCUUGCAUGACUGUGGUAGCUUAGGGCUCCACUGCACGAUAAUCAAUAUAACAACCUCACUUAAUCAAACCUUUCUAAUCGAAAAUAAAUGUCACAAUUUAGGUUAACAUUUCAUGAGAUAGUCCAGCUACUGUAUGUGGGGUUCAAAUGCCUGUUGACCAAACACUGACGUGCUUUUUCAUCUUUUUACUGCCACUGUCACCGCAAUCGUGUCAUGACAUGCUGAAUUACCGCGGACUUGGCCUCCCAGUCCUCUCUUCGCGCCUCAGUGAUCGUAAACUCGGAACUCAGGAGUUUAUUUUGCAGCUCCUGGUACAAUGCAUUCUCAUCAUUUUGAUUGGCUGUCUGAUAGUCGGUCUCAUCCUCAUCUGGCGCUGUAAGGACAGGCGUGAAAAGUAGGUUUCUCCCAUUCUUACUCCCUGUCCCUCGCUCUCCCCUUAUCUCCUUUCCCCUCUCGGACUUCCAUUUUAUAAUUACCUGUCUUUUAACCGGACGGAGUGAUAAUUGGGAGAAAUCGUUCAACGCCAGUCACAAGCGCCUCCAUUCCAGAAACAAAACACGGUCGAGGCAACAAUGGACAUAAUUAUUUGUCUGUUCUAACUGCCGUGAAAAACAAUCACUCGAGCGCCCCUGUCCACAAACACCCAGAAGCGAUAUUGCCGGCUUGUUGUUGCACUUGAUCGCUCAUACUAUUGGCCAAUGCAGACACCAACUCCGACUGACCAAUCAGUAGGCCAAACUGGGCGCACCGUGCCCCUACCUGCGCGCAAACAGCAAACACCCAGAGCAGCUAUGUGCUAUAGUUUCGGCGGUCGAAGAUCUGCCAAGGACACGUCUCUGGCUUAGAUUUUGGGUUUCCGUUUGGCAGAGAGCGGCCAUCCUCUAUCCUCAGCAGAUUCGUGGACUGUUAAGUAUUCGGUCUUGCUGGAAAGCUUGUGUUCAUUUGACUCCGCUGGUAUUUGAACGCACGGCAGCAAGGGUAUGGCCUGAGUACAGCCAACUUUCUAACCGUCUGAGCUACGAGGCCUCUAAAUUGCCAGGAAAUGCAUCUAGCCAAGAUCGGUACCCUUUGAUAAGAGAGGUUUCGAUGGUGCGAGGCGUUAAGGCGCAAGAAUGUGCCAAACAUGCCUACGCACACACGCCAUUGCUCAGCUACCCGUAAUUUUGUGUUUGAUAAAUCAGUGCUUUUGAACACAUCUUACCCUCCGGGAGGUAUCCGAAAACCCUCUCAUCUAUCUAUUACUUCAACUAGAGCUGUAAGGCGUGGAUUGAUUUCCGUACUUAAAGCCCCGGAUGUGUUGGGUUGUCGUACUUCUGUGAAAUUAAGGCCUCUCGCUCUGACUAUUUGGAACUGAAUGAGAGUUGAGCGAGAACGUGAUCUGAUCAGUGAUUAUGCGACUUUCAACAUCACUCGUCAAUGUGCAAUCAUUCACGUGAAAGGCAGCACGAUGUUUAUUUAAAUACUAGAUUGGUCAGCGUUUGCAAUUAAGUUGGUGAAGUAUUUCGUCAGUCACUAUGUCAUUGACCUGUCUCCGAGGACGAUAGCCACGUGCCUACCGACGCAGAGGCUUGGGCCUCUAUGACAGGAAAUGAAGCGCAAAUUCAUCCUUGGGAUUUGCUAUGGCCACCAGCAGAAAAGAUCGUUUGUUUUGCUGAUUCCGCUGCAGUGUUCGCCUCCACGCAUCGUGGGUUCCUGUGUAGGAAAAAAUUGUCGCUACUUUCGAAACCUGUUACCUCGCAGCCAUUUCUCCAGUGUCCAUCGAUAACCAUCUCAGCCAUUUUAUCAAUAUCCAGUCUGACGUUCGACGAUGUUGUGUUCUUUUUUCGAUUCUGUCUAACCGCCCCAUUGAUUGGCUCCUCGAGAGGGGGUCCGCACUGACUUGACGUUGUUGGAUUCACCUCUAGACGCCGGUUCAUUAACCCUGUCCACGCUACUGAUAUCGGCCUCCUAUCGCCAAUCUACGGUGAAAUACAAAGUGCGAUGUUGUGGCGAAUGAGGUAGGUACAUCAAUUGGCUAGUUCAUCAAAACUGCGAAAAUCAAGAAAUCACCAACCAAAAGGAAAUGCGUUGCUUGGUUGAUGGCUGUAGCAUAAAGAAGUCGACGGUAAAGCAUUACCGACAAAGACAAGGGAGACUGGAGUGGUCAGUUCCGGUUUAUUUGUCAUGCUCAGACGGCCACACUCAAUUCCGAAGUGUGGUACACCUGGGGCUCGCUCCUGCGACCUGUUAGUUAGAAGGCCGACGCCCCUAGUCACUGAGCCUUGGGUUCGUUGGCCUGUCGGCUUCGAUCGGGCAUAUACAAUCGUAGAAGGGUUUUCAUUGGUCACGCUACGAAACUCACUCGUCCCAUUGUGGCUUGGCGCUCUCCCUCGAGCCCCCAGCAGCGAUACAGCGGCGCGUGAUACGGACAGAAUAGCAUGAACGAUAAGGACAAGAAGGACCGUUUCUAGCCAUUUCUGGUUUAUUAACCGAAUUAGACCGUUUCAAAUAACCUGGAUAGGUGUUCUCAAAUGGAUAACGGGUGUUUUCGUCGCCAAAACCACCCCUCCUUGCGAAGUUCUGCAAGUCUUCAAGAGUUCAUAUGAGCCUGUCGGGAUACCUCUUUCUCUCUCUCGUCGCAGAUACCCGCGAAUACCGAACAUCCAUAUGGUUAUUUCCACUGUACCGUUGUGCAUGGCGGAUUAUGUCCGCAGAAAACGAAUGAAAUUGGAGUUCUUGGACAGUUCUUGUCCGGGUAGGAUUCUUCUAGUCAAUACUUCCAAUUGUGUCCGUGAUGAGGCAGUCCCGAGACUCCAACUCAUCAUUGUCUGACCCAUGAGUCAGCACUGCUACUCGGAAUCGAACUCCGCUGCCUAAAAGGUGACUGCUAAAAACCUAGCUUGGCGCAGCCCGCCAACACAAUGAGAUGGUCCUCGAACCCUUAGCUCUUCGUCUUCGGUGAAGAACCUUGGUUGUUUCCUCAAGAAUGCGUGGCGCCGUCGUUUGCACACAAAGAGGCACCGUCUACGACAUCAUCAGGACCGGCCAGGCCAAUAGACCAACGACUUCGAUAUGCUUUAUAAUCAGACGGCUACUUUGGCCCCCUACCGACAGCGAUCUUCCAGGUGAACAACUGUGCGUCUAGCGGGCCAAAAUGAAAACUCUUGCCUAGGCCCUUACAAGGCGCGAUUGGCACAUUCGCCACUCCUGAAUGUCCAGCGCAUCGCGGUCAGACGUGCAUUCCUUACCCUCUGUGGACCCACGGCCUCAUAAAUACGGAAUUUAAAGGCGGUGGCUCCCUUGUAGAUUAAAAUAUACUUGAGCUAACUGAGGCACUUUCUUCUCGGAAUAAAUCUGAACAAGGCAAAGGCGACGCGUCAACUGCUAUGAUGAACUUCAGGCCUACUUAACCAGCACUCAGGUAGCGGGCAACCUCGCCUUGAACGAACAAUAUAAGUGUUCUGUCAAGUAUGAUUUUCGUCCGUUUGAAUUUCUCGAAAUCAGAUUUUCGUGGUUGGAGACCAACAAGAAAAACAAAGGAUGAUGACCCUCCCUCAAGUGAGCUGGAACUGCAGUCACCCGCUGAUUAGCUAAAAGUCGGGCUACGUUGCAAACAGAGAUCUGGGCACUAGAUUGGCCACUUCUGACUUAUUACCCGUAAUCAGACAACAAUACCCUAACGCCAGAAGCCGGUGCACCCAAAAUGAGAACCUGUGGUGCUGUGAACUAGUGAGCAUUUGGAGUCCAUUUACAUUCCCCGGGGAUGCCGAACACGACUUCUACUGGCUGAAAUCGAGAGCUCGCGGUCGCAUAAAAGUCGCUUUCUACUGCCUGUUCUGACUCAAGGAUGGAAGUGAGCCUUGCAGCUUAGCAAUCAAGAUGUCUCUGAAGAUGUCGCUCUCAUUUGAACUACGUUCAUGGACGGAUAACAUGUGUUGGAGUGCCGUUUGGAAUCUUAUGAAUUGGAAAAGGGAAAGGCGGGUGGGAUGCCAACUUUGCGAGGGUUUAGGGUUUGUAAAAGCCCUUGAGUCUGUUAUUAGACACUUCUAAUAGUCAUCCUUAGCAUUUACAAUAGUGGGCUAACUAAUGAAUUGUCAUGCGAAUUUGCGAAAUGCGUUUUGGUCUCGAAAAUAUUAAUGAAGUAGGGCUGUAAAACUAAUCAGUCUGUAGCAUAAUUUCAUUAAAAUUCAGUUACUUCAGAAUGCCGGCAUUUGAACGAUUUUCUUCCCGAUUGCAUGGAAAAAGACCACGCUCUGCAAAAAAUGACUACUUAAGUAGCAUGGAAUUUUCUUAUUGAGCUUCGAUGCCCCCAAAAGUCCAAUUCUAUUUCAUGGAAAACAUUAAUAAAAAUGUUCAUUCUUUACCGCAUUUUGUAGACAAUUACGUCUUCUUUCAAUCUUAUACUCGAAGGGAGGAUGGCAUUCGGUUUUAAAAAGUAUCUAAUUGUGAGACUUUUUAACACCUUAAAAUGACUUUUCAUAAUUCGUCAUGUCUAUGCAUUUACCAAUGUGGCUUGUAAAGUUGACAAUAUGGAUCAAAUCCACUGCUAAAUUUUAUGAACGUUAUAUGGUCUCCUCUUAAUACCGUAGAGAAAUGUGUGGUUUUACGUAUGCAAAAAAAAUUUACGGCUUGUAGUUUGGAAAGCCUGAAUCCAAGUGUAACGGUAGAGCGGGUCCAAAAUUAUUUCGGAAUAAGGAACUCUUUGAAAAACGAAUAUCACCCUCCCUUCGAGUAUAAGAUUGAAAGAAGACGUAAUUGUCUACAAAAUGCGAUAAAGAAUGAAUAUUUUUAUUAAUGUUUUCCAUGAAAUAGAAUUGGACUUUUGGGGGCAUCGAAACUCAAUAAAAAAAAUCCAUGCUACUUGAGUAGUAAUUUUUUGCAGAGUGUGGUUUUUUAUGCAGCCGACGAGAAAAACUUUCAACUGCCGGCAUUUCGAGUUAACUGAAUUAUUAUAGAAUUAUGCUGCAGGCUGAUGUUUUACAGAUCUACUUUAUUAAUCUUUUCGAAACGAAAAUGCAUUUUGUAAUUUCGGUUGACAUUUCAUGAGUUAGCCCACGAACUGUACCUCAAAAAAACCAUAUGGAGUGGCUCAAGGCCAUCUAUCAGAAUGUUGAGGCGCGUUUUUCAUAGACAAUAAGCAAAUUCCUCUCAGUCUACAUAGGGCAUAUUCUAGUUUGUCUUUAAGUUAACCGUCUGCCUCACCGUCCAUUGCAUUGGUUGUUUAAUCUACAGGUAUAUUUACCUUCAGGCAACGCCGGCGGCUUCAGAGGACAAGGCACGAAACCGACAGAACACUAAUGCUUACAAAUAAGGUCAGUUAAUACUCCACAUCUAGCUAAAUAUUAAUUACAACAGAACGUCAGACCUACCUUUCUGAAGGAUUAUUGACGCACAUCAGGAUCGUGAUCAGCUCCUCAUGUGUGUUUGGAUAUCUGAGGUUCGGUAGCAGUCAGGUCGCUGGCUGGUGGGCAGUGGAAUUGUGAGUCACGUGCGGGAAGUUCAGUUGGUGGCAUGCGCUCUUGGUGUUGGGUCGCCUUCCCAAACUGCAACUGCGCAAUCGCUCUCAACAAUGUAAAUUGUCCAUCUGUCCUUCUAGAUGAUGUGACGUUGGCGGAAUUCCACGAUCAGCUUUGUGAUUCCGCGACUAUGAUGAGCCUCAAAAUGGACAUUUAGAAGGUUCGGUAGCGAAAUACAUUUGCUGCGCACGUUGCCUCUCCCCCGCACGCGUCAGAAGAUUAACCGGGCGUUAUCGGAGCUCCUUGACGCAACAAAUGGCAAGUCUUCUCUUUGUCUGGGGUGUGGCUAAAUCCUUCCUUUCUGAUGGAUGGCGCCAAUGUGUAUGGAGAGUACUAUUGGAUAGCAGAAAUGGGAAAUCCAUCCUUUAACAGAAUUUGAUGGAAAAUGCGUGCUCAUUUUAGGAGGCGUACUGUCAGAACAGGUGUCCGCCGAUAGGAGACGUGUUGUUGCUUUUUAAUUUUCGUAGAAAUUAACUGCGAACUUGGAGUCGAUCAGUGUAUACUAGGGUCUAUAAGCACAGACCGGAAAUGUGUUAUUUUACAGGAAGGAAUACCAACAAAGACCGGGGAGACUGGGUGGCCGUUUCUGACUUAGCAGCUCUCAUCAACCAGCCAUAGCUUGUUCCAGGUCUGGGCGACCUAGGAAUCCGAUCCGAGUUCUCUGCGCAGUGAGCAGUAAGUGGUCUAAGACUCCACCGUCGAGUCAGGAACCCUAUGUUCUGUCGGUUACGAUAGGAGAUAUUUGAUAUCACGACUGGCCUUGAGACUACACACAAGGGCUCUCGGUUGAACCCCAGGGCGCAAAGGAACGAUCAUUUCCCAUAAUCGACCAGCGAACGUCCAUCCCAUAAAAUGUAACCGUACACCCUUCUCUACGCCCUAUAAGCACUAGCAGUAGAAAUCCGUAAGUAGUCGCAUUAUUGGUUCGAUGAUUCCGGUAAUCUUAAUACAGUCCAGCACUCCUACAAAUACCUCGGUCACAAGUUUCAAGACCAAAUUUUUCUUGACUAUGUCGUCCGGCGGUUUUCCAUUUCUGUUUAAACAGGUGCUCACUGGUAAUUAAGGGUCUGCCAAUACGUUUUUGGGUGGUAGUCGCGCAGAAUCAGAUGGCAGCGAUGUUUCGUCUAUCUGACAAUCGGCAAGAUGACCACGCUAUUUAUCGGUACAAGCGAAAUGACAAGUUACAGAAAGUGUUUGAGAAGCAAGAGGCCCGGUUGUUGAGACGAGAACUUUAUUUUACUAGCGUUUUAGAUCUGCACUCUAGACCAUCCUCACAGAAAGUAACACACGGGGAUGAAGUGUAGGAUGUAUUGGAUACGUUGCUUUGCAACGACAUGGUUGUCUAAAAAUAGCAGUUCCCACAAUAUCGUAGACAGCUGGGCUUGGCGUGAUGCCAAUUUUAUUAACCACACCCCAGUCACUAAGCGUCGUGACUUCGUAUCCGGUGUUGGUGAUUGACUUGAUAAUUACUAGACCACUUGAGUCUCCCGUACUGCCGACGGAAAUGGUGUUUACUUCUGUGCAGCCCUCUUAACUAAGUGCUUUGUACACAAAAAAUUCUUGGCGCUGUAUAGGAAUGGGAGCUCGUUAAUUUGUUGGUGGACUGCAGCUCGGGGGGAGGGGGGUCGUGAUUUGGACAGUUUUACCCCUUCAGCUUUCGCGACAGCUUCGGUCCCGUCGAACUCAGAGGUGCGUCUGGGUCGCGUAGAGCGAGUUUUAGUUAGAGUGCUCGUAUGAUUGGUUGCGGAGGAAGGCGAGGAUGACCGUAGCUUCGAACGACAGUUUGCGUACACGCAAUAGUUUACUUGGAAGGUUUCCUUAAUCUUUAAUUGAUAGUUAGGUGGAUGAGAAUGAAGCCCCAUCCUGACUGAUGUUGGCCGUUAAGUAACUGCUAUAUAAAGGUGUCAAGUAACCUACUGACCGACCAAGGACAAACAGUGCAACAAUGCCUACUUUAAACGACCGAAUCGCCCACAACCAGACCAGACAAAUCGGUACCGUGCACACAUUAGAGCUCUUUUUGCUGACCCUGAAGCAGUCCAGUGCGAAGUAGCUUGACGUCGGCCUGCGAGGUGGCGGGAUGUUAAGUACAAGGAUUUUUUCCCGUCAAAUUAUCCAUUUUUUCCUCAACAUUCUCUCUCGUUUCCUCUGUGCUAUUGAAACCGAACUACUUGCUCCCUCGUUCUCGCAAUGAUUAGUUACUCACUGGUUUAUCUAUUUAAAACGGAUGGCCUGACAACAUUUUGUUUAACUAGACUCCUGGCUCUAUGGACGCCACAUGGGUGUCCUGGUUGGAUGAUGACUUGCAUAAAUCCUUUUGGGCUUUAACAACCUGCUACUUCUAGGAACGAUAACAAUGAGACUUAGAAGAUAAUAAACCCCUCAAGCGCCCUUAACUUCGUCAGUUUUUUGCCACGACGCAAAUAACUGGCGCCAUUGAUGCAGUAUCAUUCAUCAAGAAGAUUCCUGACCUGUUCGACUAAAACUAUAUAGGCUGCAGUUUGAAAGUCGCUGUAAUAAACUUCGGUCUCCUUUGAAUAAACCAGACCCUGGCGCAGUUAGUGGCUGAGAGAAACAUAGACAACAAUACGACGAUGGUUAUCGUAACCCCUUCAACUAGGUCGAUGGAUUUGGUGUGUGACAUAAAAGAAACAGCCCGAUUUCGACUGAAUCAUGAACGUAGAGACGCCGAUAAAUAAAUCCGAGAUUCCACUGCCGCUAAAAUUCAUUACACUUGAAAUGCACUGUUCCAAGUUAUGACUAAUCCAGAUCAGUCUCUUUCCUAGCUGGCCUUGAGUCGCGCUGCUCAAGGUCAUAAAACAGCUAAACAUGGCGCAACAGCACGCUUCGGUUUGGCACAAGCAAAAAUAUAAAUUAGAAACCUGGUGGUCACAGGCUGUUUUCAAACCAAAUAGGAGCUGGUGCUUCCUACGUGACUGAAUAAGGAAGAUGCGUAUGACAUUUCUAGCUUUCCACAUUGUCAACUAGCCUAUGGUUACCUCAAGCGUCCAGUAAUUCAUUCAAUUUACCUUUACCGAGUAUUUACGUUGAAAACCCUGCUUCGUAAAGCAUUCAUCACUAGAGAUGAUGAAAGUAUCAAAAGCAAGCAAUACUUUAACCAGAGGCAGUAGAAUUGUCGUCAACGAUGAGGACUAACGGCAGAAAUUAAUCUUAAGAAUCACAAACGACUCGUCUAAUCUGUAGUCUGCAUUUAAACAGGCAGUUCAAGUUAACACUUACGAACCCCCGCCACCGCGAAAUCUGAGAGGCAGUCAUCUACCCUCCAACAGCCUACCGUCACGGCGAGACGGCUUCCCCCGAAGACAACAUCCGGACAUCGAGAAGGCCGAGGUGAACACCGAUUUCGCGCCUUGGAGACGUUCGCCAACUGACCCCUACUAUCUCGACGGCGCAAACAAACUUGACCACCGAGGACCUACAGUUCCUUCGCGUUUCGGACAAUCGAGGGGCCUGCCUACAGGCGGAUACACACGAGGUGAAACCCCAAGUUUUGUUGUCUUCCUGGGGAAUGAAAAGCCCCAUUUUUUCUUUCUUUUUGUUUUCAGGGAUCAUUUCUACGCAAAAAAUUACUUGAGUCUUCGCAAAGUAACGUUUGGGGGGAGUUUUUGUACUAAUACCGCGCUGAACCUCAGGUUGUGUCGUUUUGGGAAAAGGCGAACUGUUUUUAUGAAAUGUAUAUCAGCUACUUCGUGUGAGACAAGCCUCACUCGUGUCGGUCACCAAAAUGACGGUUUUGUUGCUACGGCUUAAGUUAUGGUCAAAGCUUUAUUACUACGAUCUGGAAGCCAACUCCCAAUUAUGUUGCGCAGAAGAGCUGGAGUGUAGUUUGAGACAGAAAGCGUAGAGACACAUGUCUUGUUCCCAAUCUCCACAUCCGUCGUCGGCGUUUAGGUCAGACAGAGCGACGAUCACACAUGCCUCUGGCCUGAUUGGUCAGCCUGAGUAGUUGGGAGUGUCGGGAAUGUGAUACUGCAUCAUGAGAACCUCCAAUGCGAUGAAGUCGUACCAUUUACGCCGGACGGCAUAAAUACAACCCGUUGUCUCUCGAGGUCGGAUAAAUGGUGGGCGAGAUCACUGGCGUAUCUCCUGCCCAUUCUUUGAAGCGGCCAAAAGUUCCUAACUGUAAGCUAACAUCGACUGAGCUCGGGAGCUUGGAACUCCCCCCCCCCUCUCCCCCUGUAUUGCAAAUGACACUCCUCUACAUUCCAGGGCUGUUAGGAUCCGGGUUAAUGGUUAAAAGGGUUAGAUUUAUGAGGAUGUUAUUGCUCAGAAAUAUAAUGUGUCCCCAAUUUUUAUUUCCAAAAUGGGUACCGACUUGGCUUUGAGCGUCGGAACCUGAAGCCCCAAAACGUAUUUCAACACGCACGCCAUCCGAACGCCAAAAACAGCCUUUUGGCAAACUGUCACAUAAGUGAAAAAAUGUAUUUGAUCUUGUUAAAAGUCAGCUGGAAAAAUACAUCAGACACAAGUAGCACACUAGCCCACAACUCUGUUUAACUACUGCGACUUAAAAGAAUGUUGGCAACGAUCGGAUGAGGGACCCUAAACACACACACACACACACGACCAGCCAAAGGUGCCUGUCUCACGGGGAAGGUGAUAAUAGGGGUUUUACGGAUGGGGCCUAUAUGUGCAUAGAGGAAUGGGAAAAUAAGUAAAGAUAAUUGGUAAAUUCGUCAUUUUCGGACGGAAAAGUUUUAAUGCGUUAACAUAUAGCAACCAAAAUCAAGGCGGACAAUUAAAACAAUGAACAUAAGUGUCUACAGCGCUCGCUUCUCAAAUCCCUGAGCUAAGGUCAUUGUAGAUAAUGCACCAGACCGCCUGCAACAGACGAUCCAACCUUUUACGGUGAAACACCAAACCGAAAUAAUCGUGUCGGACUAAAACCCACUUAAAUAAAUAUAAUAGGUAUUCUUUGUAUGCCAGAGAUGCUUGGGGGCCUUCACCCGAUCCUUACCAAGACGUUGUCUGCAAAAUCGCAUUUUACAGUCGUGGCCAAACUUGGAACAUCAGCUAACAGUGAGGACAGGAGACCUUUCAUCCCAAAUGGUCAUGCGCAUUCUGGACAGAUGCGCAAGUGAGAAAACGUGCAAUAUUAACGGCCGUCCAAUAAAGAAGGGUCGAGAGUUUCCGGAGGGAGUACACUAGGCAUAUCGAUUUGGAUGUCCCAUACGAUACUCCGUAGGGUUAGGGAAAAUGGGCCAUCCGGACUUAUGGGUGAUCUUGACCUCAAAUUUGGAGGCGUAGGGUUAACGUAAGGGUUGGGUUAGGAGAGUUAUAUUUGACGGUUAAAGUUGUGAUUAGAAUUAGUGUCAGGGCUAGUGUUGGGUCAGAGCCUGAACACGAAAAUUUAGCGGUAGGCCAUCUGUUGUACUGGAGACCUACAGUACGUGACCUACUUCAUGAAACCUGACGAGAGAGCUGGUAUGAGAAGUUGCGGACGUGUUAAACGUUGCGCACUUUUCUCAUUCGUUCAGCCUUUUCAGGGAAAUGUUAUUUUCUUGUGCAUAGAAUGUGUCCACAUAACUUUAUCGAGCAAAAUGCAUACAACGCAAUCCAGAACAAACUAAAAGUGCAAACUAAUUUUACGGAAGAAAUGUUCGUCUUACGUAUACAAAAUGAUAUAUUUACGAUUGCACCUGUUAAUUCUAUUUAAAUUUACUAGCCAAUGACUCGCAUGGCAACAUGUGCCCUUGUGAGGAGGUUUGUUCUUAUGACGUUCAUAUCGACAAAAUCAAGCGAAAUCUUGUUUGUCUUACUGAACCGUACCCCCAUCAAUUCAAAAGCGUUAAGAAUACCACGAAUCUUUGAGAAAACGCUUUGGAAUCUAUACUUACUUCGGAUGCGGGAAUAGGUAGCACUUCGAAAUUGGCUGCUAAGUCAUCUGUUGUAAUUGGAACCUACAGUACGUGAAUUAUUUCGUGAAACCUGAUGAAUAAAUCUGAUGUGAGGACAUUUAGUACGCCUUAAACGUUGAAUAUUUUGCUUACUCGCCCAGCUUCUUCAAGGAAGCAUACUUUUCUUGUGCAAAAAAUUAGUACACAUAAUUUUAUCAAGCAAAGUGCCCAUAUAUUUGAGCAAAAAUCGACGUUAUGAUAUAUUCGCGCAGUAGUUUACCCCCGAACUUUUUACUAAACAGAAUUUCCCCAUUUGAAACUUGACUUUUUGUCUGAUGCCGACCGUUGGAAUUAGUUCGACAACACAUGGAUUACUUCUAGGUAACCAGGCGUCUUCUUGAUUCUCAGAACACAAGGUAGAUGUCCUAAAGUACAGUACUAACGUGCGUAGGCAAUCCUUCGUGCAACUAAGUCUAAACUGUUUUGCCAUUGGAGAAUUCUAGAUUUCGACACCGAAGUAUCCUCCGAUGAAUAUUCAUUCUUGGCUUUGAACACAUAAAACAUUACCUUUCGUACGGCCAUGUUUCUGUGCAUGUAUAAUUUCAAAAUGGGACAGAUCAAUCAUUAACAGUUUUGGCAAAAUAUCAGUAUAUAUGUUGCCACUCUGCCGUGCAUUCACAAUCGUAGAACGGAGCCAAAAAGAGAGCAAAGAUGGUGAAAAGGGCCGCAAUAUAAAGAGAAACACAUAUUCUUACGUUUGCGGUUGAAAAAUGUCAGUUCGUUUUAGCAACGAGAAGGGAACGUAACAUUAACUUCCCUGUUUCUUUUAUCAUUUUAAUUCCCUUAAAAUUUUUAUUUAUUAUCAUAGAUACAGGAUCCACGCACCGGUGUCGGUUUCCGAAUAAUUAACAAUCAGUCCUAAGUUUCGAAAUUUUCCAUGAGUUGGGUAACCUACUGCAUAUUAAUGUGUUCAAAUUGUGAGUCAUUACUAUGCCAUCGAGCUGAUAAAGAGCUUAGAUAGGAUUUCAACGCGCAGAACGCAAUAAUAUGUCAAAAAACGCGCUAAGGCGCACAUCUCCCUACUGAGAGGUUUAGUAGCAUAUUCGACUAUUCUGCCCAACGAACACUUCAAACAGACGAUUUUCUUAGUUCAUCCGAUGAGUGGAAUAUCGUUUAGUCCUCCUAAAGAGAAUGCCCCAUGCAUUGUGGUAUUUAGGAAAUUGCAGUUAUUGUGUGUCAGCUUUUCUGAACUAUCAACUCCCGGAUUUAAAAAAAUGUUUAUAAUCGCAGUCUCUAUUUGAAUAAGUCGCAUGUCUUGUGCUUUACUAGUCAAAAAUUCAGUUAAGACUCAUACAUUCCAAGGGUAUUCAUAAAAUCCCCUCGAAAAUUGUAAAAUAAUCGAGUGCCUCUUAAACAGCUGAUGAGUGAGCUGGCAGUCGGCUACACCUGCGUAAUCAGACGUCCACAUUCCAGGUGGUGUGAUAAAACUGUGAGGUGAAACUCAGAAAUAACUUUCGCGUUAAGUCCUUCUUCCAUGCCAAACCGUCUUUGUAUGCCAGCGGAGAAACAGGCUUUCAUCGGUAAAUGCAUUUCCAUCAGGGGAAAGUUGGCUUGGUUCGACAAUUAUCUUUAAUCACCUGAUGUUUCGGUUUCUCAUCCUCAGCCAUCAUCAGAAAUGAUCGCAAAUAGAAGUGGUGGAUGCACAAGAAACGCAGUAUUUACAGAACGUAGACGUCGUGUAACCAAACACAUCUAAUUACAUAGCAGCCCCAGCAUUUAUCGCCGUGGCCGAGAACUGCUUUUCGACUUGCUUCCGAGUCGCCGACUGUCACAAUUUCUUCAUACUUGUCAAUUGUUAGAAUGAUAAUGGCUCGGUAAUUUGGUCUGCUGAUAAUGUCACUGGAAGCGGUAUUCGGCUGAAAUGUCAAGCGAAUAAAAUUCUCAUUCCAACGAAUUGCUUCCCGAGACCGUCCUCUUCGCUUCUAUCAGCGGUGGUGUAUUCAAUAUGUGACUCUUUGAGUAGAAGGCUUGAAUACGGAAAAGCGGUGUGAUACCAUUAGUAGACAUGUGGUACUCCUCUUUCUUGUGGAACCAUGUGCGGCACUAAUUCCGACGUUAAUUCGUCCGUUCUGCCGGAAGUCAGGUGAUGAUGUCAUUUCCGAAGUUUCCAUUGUGGCUCAGUUGACGGAUCUCUAGUGGGGUGACAGAGAUAUCGAAAGCCGAAGGAAAGCCCAUAAGAAUCAACUACUGUUUUUUUUAUCUGAUUGGGUUGGUUCGGGUGGCUAGAAAUGUUCUCAACAAUAAUUCAUCAUGCCACGGUGAUACGCACUGUGCUCAGUGAUCGGUAACAUAUCCUAUCUGAAAGCCCAGUCAGGAUUUUCGGUAAAUAUUUCACUGGCGCUGGUGCCUUUUUGUCGUCGUAAACGCCGAUCUGCCUCAUCAUCACAGCAGAAAACGCGGACUCCUGAUAAAAAGCUAAGACAACGGAGAUAAAUUUAAUGUAAAAACUCUCGAGAUAUAUUUUAUGGCCUUAGAGGAGUGGAUAACAAGGCGAGCCAUUCUAGAACGUUUUUUCUAACAAAAUAAUUAGUUAAUUCUGAUUUACCGCCCAGAACCCAACCCGAAUCUAAGGUGCGACAAUCACUGAAGGGCUGAGCCGGAAGUCCGUGAAACCAAGUCAACAUUAGGAAUGGUCUCGCCGACUCGUUUAGACCGGCAUGCACAUCAUGGAAUUGUGAUCCUUUUAGUUGACAUCGGAAUUACAAACGUAGAUGGACUAACUAAACUAACCUCAUAGUUACGAGGACCGCAGCGCCUGCACGUCCGACCAAUCAUAUUUGUCUUUUGAAUUUCAGAACACCCCCCGUCGGCACUUGGAAGGGCUCAGCUAAUAAACGAACUCUCGGAUGAUUUCAGACAGCAACCAGCCUACCGGGCCUAUGCGGUGUCCAGUCGAAUGCAGCGCACGCGGCCGGACGUAGGCGCAAUCAGCGGUGACAGACUCAAAUACGAUGAAGAAGCAGAGAAUUUGAUUGGCUAA